CCAGCAUGGCGCCCGCCGUGUCCGCCCCGAGGCUCCUGGCCCUUGUCCUCCUGCCCUCGGCUCUCGGCCUCAACCCUGAGGACCCCAACGUGUGCAGCCAUUGGGAGAGCUAUGCCGUGACGGUCCAGGAGUCCUACGUCCAUCCCUUUGACCAAAUCUAUUACACGCGCUGCACGGACAUCCUCAACUGGUUCAAAUGCACUCGGCACCGGAAGAGCUACAAGACUGCCUACCGCCGCGGCCUCCGUACCAUGUACCGCAGACGCUCCCAGUGCUGCCCCGGCUACUACGAGAGGGACGACUUCUGCAUCCGCUGUGGGUCCCUGUGGACGAGGCUGUGGGUCCCCCUGACCAAGGCUGGUGGUCCCCAUCCUGUAGCGUGUUCAGGGGGCCGCUUCGGCCAGGACUGCGCCCAGCUCUGCACCUGCGCCAACAAUGCCACCUGCAGCCCCCAGGAUGGCGCUUGCCUCUGCGCCCCUGGCUGGACCGGCGAGGACUGCUCACAGGGCUGCCCGGCCGCCUUCUACGGGCAGGACUGCGGCCGCGUGUGCCAGUGUCAGAACGGGGCCCGCUGCGACCACGUGAGCGGCCGCUGCACCUGCCGCACCGGCUUCACCGGGAGACACUGCGAGCAGAGGUGUGCCGCGGGCACCUUCGGCUCAGGGUGCCAGGAGCUGUGCGAGUGUCUCAACAACGCCACCUGCGACCACGUCACGGGCACCUGUUACUGCAGCUCAGGGUUCAAGGGCAUCAGGUGCGACCAAGCCGCGCUGCGGAUGGAGGAGCUGAACCCCUACACCAGGAUCGGGCCCGCGCGGGCCGGGGAGCCGCACUCGGCCGGCGUGGCCACGGGCGCGGUGCUGCUGCUGCUGGCCCUGGCGCUGGGCGGCCUGGCGGGCUGGCGGCGGCGGCGGCGGGCGCGCAAGGACCAGGGCGCCGGCCUGGGCCCCCGGGUGGCCUACAUGCCCGCCACCAGGGUCGCCUGCACCGACUGCUCGCUCUCCGACAUGUCCCAGGGAGGUGGCCGUGCCCAGUGUGUGUCCACCUCUGGCUACCGGGCGCUGGUCAGUGGGAGGCCGGCGGGCAGCCAGGCUGGCACUCUGGACAGAAGCAGCCCCACCAAGCUGAGUGACAAGUCCUUGGACAGAGAAUGGACACCCUACAGCUUUGUAAACGUACUAGACUCCCAUUUCCAGAUCGGUGCCCUGGAGGCCAGGUACCCGCCCGAGGAGUUCUACAUUGAACUUAGACACCUCAGCCACCCCACGGGGGCACACUCGCCAGGUCCUAGCGGGCUGGACAGGUGUCAGAACACCUACGUCAUGGACAAAGGCUUCAAAGAUUAUAUGAAGGGGUCGGUGUGCAGCUCCAGCUCUUGCUCCUUGAACAGCAGCGAGAACCCGUAUGCCACCAUCAGGGACCCCCCCGUGCUCGGCUGCAAGUUUCCCGAGAGUGGCUAUGUGGGGGUGCGGGCACCCGGGCACGGCGGGUCCCCCUGCUCGCAGGCACCGGCCUUCUCCUCGUCCUCAUCCUCGCCUAGUGAAGGCACCCAUGAACUUGCGCCCACAGUCAGUGGGGCCCAGGAAGGCCGUGACCCUAUGUCCAGCUUUGCCCAGGACCCAUAUGACCUCCCUAGAAGCAGCCACAUCCCAGGCCACUAUGACCUGCUCCCCGUCGGGCCGAGCCCUGCCAGUGGGUCCCCCCAGGCCAGGCUGUCUUAGUGGGAAUGGAAGCCUCCUUCCCGCGUGUCCGCCGGCUCUCGGAAAGAAGACGACCCCUCCCUGGACUCAAGCCCACGGCGUUCUGACCAUCACCUGGAAUGCAAGAGGCCCUUCCACGUGGGACUCGUGGCCUGGCUCAGAGGAUGUUCCCAGAGGCAGAUCCCGUCACAGGCCCCCAGCUCCAAGGCCCUGGACACUUUCUAUAGUUAAAAUACAGCUAGCUAGUCACCAGCA